UCCCCGCUGGAGGCGCUCGCUGAGGGCUCGGCUGCAAGCGAGCGAGCGAACGAACGAGCGAACCGGGCGAAGGCAGCAGUCGAGCGGCCCGAGCGAGCGAGGGAGGCCCGGCGGGGCGACGCCGAGACGGCGAAGCACGCGCUACUCAGCCCGCUGUCCGCUCUCGGGGUCGCGCGCGCCGCGCCAGGGGUCACUGUUGCUGGAAGAGGUGAAGGAAAGAAGCCUUGUGCGUCCUCAGCUACCUGGAACCUUCUGGAACCUCCUGGGACCUCCUGGGACCUCCCAGGUGUGGCACCUGUGCAGCCAGAACCAUGGGGUCUGAGGACCACAGUGCACAAAACCCCAGCUGCAAGAUUAUGACCUUCCGGCCGACCAUGGAGGAGUUCCAGGACUUCAAUAGAUAUGUGGCCUACAUCGAGUCACAGGGUGCCCACCGUGCAGGCCUGGCCAAGAUCAUCCCUCCCAAGGAGUGGAAACCACGGCAGACAUAUGACGACAUUGAUGAUGUGGUCAUCCCGGCUCCCAUCCAGCAGGUGGUGACCGGCCAGUCAGGACUGUUUACCCAGUACAACAUCCAGAAAAAGGCCAUGACUGUGGGCGAGUAUCGCCGCCUCGCUAACAGUGAGAAGUACUGCACCCCACGCCACCAGGACUUUGAUGACUUGGAGCGCAAGUACUGGAAGAAUUUGACCUUUGUCUCGCCCAUCUACGGGGCCGACAUCAGUGGCUCACUGUACGAUGAUGACGUGGCCCAGUGGAACAUCGGCAACCUGUGUACCAUUCUGGACAUGGUGGAGCGGGAGUGUGGCACCAUCAUCGAGGGUGUGAACACGCCAUACCUGUACUUUGGCAUGUGGAAGACCACGUUUGCCUGGCACACAGAGGACAUGGAUCUCUAUAGCAUCAACUACCUGCACUUUGGGGAACCCAAGUCCUGGUACGCCAUCCCACCUGAGCACGGCAAGCGCUUGGAGCGGCUGGCCAUUGGUUUCUUCCCUGGGAGCUCACAGGGCUGUGACGCCUUCCUGCGACACAAGAUGACCCUCAUCUCACCCAUCAUCCUGAAGAAAUAUGGCAUCCCCUUCAGCCGGAUCACACAGGAGGCGGGAGAAUUCAUGAUCACAUUCCCCUAUGGCUACCACGCAGGCUUCAACCAUGGCUUCAACUGCGCAGAGUCCACCAACUUUGCCACCCUGCGCUGGAUCGACUACGGCAAAGUGGCCACACAGUGCACGUGCCGCAAGGACAUGGUGAAGAUCUCCAUGGAUGUGUUCGUGCGCAUCCUGCAGCCUGAGCGCUACGAGCAGUGGAAACAGGGCCGAGACCUCACUGUGCUGGACCAUACUAGGCCCACGGCCCUCAGCAGCCCUGAGCUCAGCUCCUGGAGUGCCUCUCGUGUUUCCCUCAAGGCCAAGCUCCUGCGCAGACAAAUUAGUGUGAAGGACAGCAGACCCUGGAGAAAGACUGAGGAGGACAGGAGACCGAGUCUAGAGAGGAGGCGGGAGCCCACCAGGAGGCCGGGGCCGUCGUCACAUCGGAAACGGAGCCAGCCCAAGAAGUCAAAACCUGAAGACCCCAAGUCCCCUGGGGAGGCAGCGGGGGCCACUGGCCUGGAUGAAUCUGCAGGCUGCACAAGGGAGGAGGCCGAGCCCGAUGACGAUGACGAUGAGGUGCCAUCUUCACAGGGCCGGGAGGCUGAGGCCACCGAAGAGGACGGCAGGGCCAAGGCACGGCCCAAGACCAAGAGCAGGAAGAGGGUUCCGGGUCCUCUCUUGACCCAGCCUCCAGCCUUGUUCCCCAUCGAGAACACCCUGAGGCCGCCCCCCCCACCUGAGUCUCCAGUACCUACACUAGGCUCCUCAGCCACAGAGGACGGUCCCCCACCAGCACCCAUCAAUGUGGUGCCUCCCGGGGGGCCAAGUGAGGAGCCCGAGGCACGGCCCCGGCCCAUCAUCCCCAUGCUGUAUGUGCUGCCCCGCACUGGCACCACUGAGGGGCACAGGGACCAAGCAGUCCACCCACAGGUGGCACCCAUGGAGCUGGGGCCUGAAGAGGAAGUGCAAGCCCGAGCCAGCAAGGCGCAGUUAAAGAUGGAGAUCAAGAAGAGUCGGCGCCACCCACUGGGCCGGCCGCCUACACGGUCCCCGCUGUCUGUGGUUAAGCAGGAGGUCUCCAGCGACGAGGAAGCCUUCCCCUUCUCAGGAGAGGAGGACGUGAGUGACCCUGAGACUGCACGGUCCUUGCUGUCGCUGCAGUGGGGGAACACGGCUGCCAGCUUCCAGGCCGAAAGGAAGUUCAACGCAGUGGCCGCGCUCAGGGAGCCCUACUGUGCUGUCUGCACCCUCUUCUACCCCUUCAACCAGUCGGUGCGGACGGAGCAAGAGGCCCUGGCCACUCCUGGGGACAGUGCCAUCCCGCCACCCUCCAAAAGUGGCCAGAGGACGCGGCCACUGAUACCUGAGCUGUGCUUUACCUCGAGUGGGGAGAACACAGAGCCACUGCCCGCCAACUCUGGUGUAGGUGAUGACGGUACCAGCCUGCUCAUCUCCUGUGCCAAGUGCUGCCUGCAGGUCCAUGCCAGUUGCUACGGUGUCCGCCCUGAGCUGGCCAAGGACGGCUGGACGUGUUCCCGGUGCACAGCCCACGCCUGGACUGCGGAAUGCUGUUUGUGUAACCUGCGGGGCGGAGCACUGCAGAGGACCACAGAGCAGAGGUGGAUUCAUGUCAUCUGCGCCAUCGCAGUCCCCGAGGUGCGGUUCUUGAAUGUGAUCGAGCGCAACCCAGUGGACAUCAGCGCCAUCCCUGAGCAGCGGUGGAAGCUGAAGUGCAUAUACUGCCGGAAGCGGAUGAAAAAGUUAUCGGGAGCCUGCAUCCAGUGCUCCUAUGAGCACUGCUCCACGUCCUUCCAUGUGACCUGUGCACAUGCAGCUGGUGUCCUCAUGGAACCUGAUGACUGGCCCUAUGUGGUGUCCAUCACCUGCCUCAAGCACAGGGCAGGUGGCCCGGCGGGGCAGCUGCUCCGCGCCGUAUCCCUGGGCCAGGUGGUCAUCACCAAGAACCGAAACGGGCUGUACUACCGCUGCCGGGUCAUUGGCUCCACUGCACAGACCUUCUACGAGGUCAACUUCGACGACGGCUCCUACAGCGACAACCUGUACCCUGAGAGCAUCACGAGCAGAGACUGCAUCCGGCUUGGGCCACCGCUCGAGGGUGAGCUUGUGGAGCUGCGGUGGACCGACGGUAACCUGUACAAGGCCAGGUUCAUCUCGUCUGCUACCAACCACAUUUACCAGGUGGAGUUCGAGGAUGGCUCACAACUGACUGUGAAACGUGGGGACAUCUUCACCCUGGAUGAGGAACUACCUAAGAGGGUGCGGUCUCGGUUGUCACUGAGCACUGGUGCGCCACAGGAGCCCAGCUUCUCAGGGGAGGAUGUGAAGGCAGCCAAGCGCCCGCGGGUGGCCAUUGCCCCAACCAUCACCACCACUGCCACCGCUGAGGACACAGCACACAACCCAGAAUACCUGGCUUUUGUGGAGAGCCUCCUGCAGGGGCAGGCCCGGCCCGGAGCCUUCUAGACUCCUAUCUGCACCGGGACACCCUGGACAGCAGGACCGGAUGUGGCCCGGACUCAGGGAGUAGGGCUGUGCCCUGACCCGGCAUGCCGACUCGGCCCAACUCCUAUCUUCUCCAAAAGGUGCUACGGGGCAUCCCCUGAACCUCCCAAGACAGAUGCCAGCCGAGGACAUGGGCACAGCCCCCCUCAACCUGUUUUCUAGAUUUGUGGCUUUAAAAACCAACAAAACAGUACAAAACGAACAGGUUCUUUAUUUUCAGAACCAGGAUGGACAUGGGGAGACGAAAAGAUACAUUGUUUGCUGUUUGCAAAUCUCCUUUGUCCACCAAGCUGGCAGGAGAUGCUCUUGCAGGUGCAUUGCACAGGGGACACAUAGCCUCUUGGGGGGAUGCAGCCACCACAGGUGACACUGGCUCCCCAUGGGCCACAUGCUCAGGCCUGGAGGUGGCCUGAUACCUUGGUGGCACCCAGUGCCCGGUGGCAGAAGCCUCCUGCACAGACUCUCGGACUGGGCAUGUGUCCCCAUGGCUCUGUGGUGCCUGGCCAUCUGCUCCAAGCUGGCGCAGAGGACCCCGGGAUGACCAGAUCCCCAGUUAGCCAUGCCCCACAGACUUGGCCUGGUGUCCUUCAUCUGUGGCCCACUGGGACACCAGCCAUGUAUGCGGGUGACGUAGGACACAGACUUCACAGGCUGGUGGCUGCUGCGGCCCUUGGUCUGCACUGCCCCUCCAGAAGCCACCAAUGUCCCAGCGUUGAUCCCUAGGACGGCACUGACCUGUGUACGGAAGGAGAUGGACAGUGGGGGCUUACAGGAGCCUGUGCAGUGCCUGGCUGCUGUGUGUAGUUGAAAUACUAUUUAUAUUGUAAAGAGAGUAAAAAGGAUCCAACUGGGGCCUGGACGCAGAAGGCCGGCCACAGGUCUCUGGGGUCACAACCCUUGUGGGUUUUCAUGGCUGUGCAGACCAGGCACACAUGUUCCCCACAGAGAUGGCUGUGUCUUACUUUGUGCAAAAAAAAAACAAAAACAAAAAAACCAACAAUCCCCUCCCCAGGCUCCCGACUUUUCCCCACCCCAGAUAAAGGGCGAGCCGUAUUUUUGCCUCAUUUCCCUGCCUCUGGGUUCAGGAUGAAUUAAAAGCUCUUGAGCACUUCUGAUUCCCACAA